AUGUCAAAGAAGAAAGUACAAAAGAGGUCAGCCGAUACAUCCAUUUACCUUCCAAUUGAUACCAUAUUUUCCAUAUUUACUUACCUUCCUGUUAAAUCUUUGUUGCGUUUUAAAUCUGUUUCUAAACCAUUGAAAGCCAUAAUCUCUGACAAUGAAUUCAAAAAGAUCCACCAUGAUCGGUCCAAAUUGUUGGGCCGCAAAAAGCUGUUGAUACAAAGACCUACUGGCCAUUUCGACUUUAGAGACCUCGAAAGUCCUGAAUUAUUUUUGAUGGAAAAGCUACUAUUUCCUCUAAAAAGAUUGCAGUGUGCUGAAGUCUCAUGCUCAUGUGAUGGCCUGGUACUUCUCAAGGACCAGAAUGAGUAUGUUUUGUGGAAUCCAUCUACCAGAGAAUAUCGAAUUCUUGAAUCAUGUACUUAUUUGAACCAGCUGGACGGAUGCCCGAAAGCUUGUGGGAUUUGCUACGAUUCUAUCCUUGAUGACUACAAGGUUAUACUGAUAUGUGACUCGUUUUAUGUCAUCUACUCAUUGAAUAAGGGUUGUUGGACAAAGAAAACAAGUUUCCCUUGUCCAAUGCGACUAAUUCCUAAUUGUUGGUCUCGGGGGAUUACCACCGAAGGAUGUGUAUUUUGGUCUCUAAAUUCGACAGCAAUCAACGGCCGUGUAGAUUGUACAACUUCUACAAUUAUUUAUUAUGACGUGAAGUCAGAUGAAGUGGAAAAGCUUCCAAUGCCAAAAUUUGUACGUGAGAAUUGUAGCUUUGGUUUGACUACUUUGAAAGGUCGUCUUAGUUUAUAUGGCGGCACAUACAACACAGACAGAUUUUACAUAUGGAUUAUGGAACAAGAUGGUUGGAAUAGGUUAAUGAACAUUUGCAACUUGUCCAGUAUUUGUGUGAAACUUGUUUAUGAUAUAAAGCCUUUGUGGUGCAGUGAAAAUGGUGAAAUUCUAUUUCGUGGGAAGUGGAAGCAUCAACUUCUCAUCUAUUAUCCUAAACGGAAACAAUUUAUUACUGUUUCACCACCUGAUUUUUCCGCAGAUUGCAGGUCUCCCGAGCCGUCAAUAUGUCUGGAAAGUUUAUGUUUUCCGGGACACAGUAUCAAGGAGGAAGCAACACAUGAAGAGAAUUUAUCAAAUUAG